AUGAGCCAAAACGGAGUCGAAGCAUUAGUCAAAAAAGGAGUGACCUACAACACUAUCCUCGAAGCAGCUCAACGCCCAACUCCACUGGUCCCAUUAAGAAAACUCAAGGUUGAGCACCAACUUCAAAGUGAUAUUUAUGUCAAACUAGAGUAUCUCAAUGUUGCCGGAUCUCUCGAAGACCGUACUGCUGAUAGAGCCUUCCAGUUUGCUGAAGAGAUUGGAGUUGUGAGAGGCGACGAAGUUUUCGUGACCGCUGGUGGGUCUACAGCCAUCUCGUACGCAACAGUUGCCGCUGUGAAGGGCAUCAAAUUGACCAUUUAUGCGCCGAAGGGAGAAUUCGCCCUUGUGGACACUGUCCUUCACACAUUGGGAGUCCAAACUGUCGAACUUCCAGUGGCCACCUAUAGUGAAGCUAGAGCAUUGACCGAGGAAGCUGCUCAACAGAAGGGUGCAUUCAACUUGAAUAAAUUCACAACCAACGCUGCAUUUGUCGCCAAUCUCCAGAAGACUGCAUGUGAGAUCGAGAGAGCUGUAAACAACAAAUCGAUUGGAAAGGUUGGAGCUGUUGUGAUCCCAUUGAACACUGGAGCUCCAGCUGCUGGAAUCGCCGCCUACUACAAGGGAACCGGAGAUCAUGGUGUUCGUGUGGUUGGAGUCACUUGCAAGAAGGAUACUAUUCCAGAGAUGGGAUUGGAUUUGAAGAAUGAUCUUCUACAGGAAUACGGAGUCGAGAAGCGUGAAGUCGACGAGGAGGAAGCUUAUUCCUUCACCAGACAUCUCAUCGGAACCGAGGGUAUUAUGGCUGGACCAUCCUCUGGAGCAGCUGUCCUUGAAGCUAUCAAGCUCGCCAAGGAGCUUCCAGCUGGAUCCACUAUCGUCGUUGUGCUCCAAGACGGUAUUCGCAACUACCUUCGUCACUUCCUCGAUGAUGAUUGGAUUGUUGCCAACAAGAAGAACGUUGUGACCAGAAAAGAUGGACCACAACCAAACAGCACUUACGAUCCAAAGGUUUUGGUCUACGAUCCAACGAAACUGGCCGGAGAGUGGACUCAAGAUCCAGUCACCAAGGCUUGGUCUCAUUCAGAAGUGGAAUUCAAUCAAUUUAACCCUGAAAGACCAUUGGUCCUCGACACCGUUCUUGAUGCUAUUGGCAAGACUCCACUUGUCAAGCUGCAACAUGUCCCAAAGGCCCAUGGAGUCAAGUGCAACGUUUACGUCAAAUGUGAGUAUCUGAACGCUGGAGGAUCCACCAAGGAUCGUAUUGCCAAGAGAAUGGUGGAAAUUGCCGAGAAGACUGGAAAGCCAGGAAAGCUUGUCCCAGGAGUCACUUUGAUUGAGCCAACCUCUGGAAACACUGGAAUUGGACUUUCUCUUGCAUCCGCUGUCCGUGGAUACAAAUGCAUCAUUACUAUGCCAAAGAAGAUGUCCAAGGAGAAGGCUAUCGCCAUGGCAUCUUUGGGAUCUACCAUCAUCCGCACUCCAAAUGAGGCCGGUUUCGACAGCCCACACUCUCAUAUCGGUGUUGCUCUCCGUUUAAAGAGUGAGAUUCAAGACGCAGUGGUUCUUGAUCAAUACUGCAAUCCAGGAAAUCCAUUGGCUCAUUAUGAGCAAACUGCUGAGGAGAUUAUCUAUGAUAUGGGAGACAAGCAUAUUGAUCUUGUGGUCCUCACCGCUGGAACCGGAGGAACAGUUACCGGAAUCUCUCGCAAAAUCCAUGAGCGUAUUCCAACUGCAAAGGUUGUCGGAGUCGAUCCACACGGUUCGAUUCUCGCUGGACCAGCUGAAACCGACAUUGACUUCUACGAGGUUGAAGGAAUCGGAUACGACUUCUUGCCAGGAACACUAGAUACCAGUGCCAUUGACUAUUGGGCAAAGUCUCACGAUAAGGAGUCGUUCUUGAUGGCUCGUGAGCUCAUCAGAACCGAGGGAAUUCUUUGCGGAGGAUCCUCUGGAUGUGCUGUUCAUUAUGCUUUGGAGGAGUGCAAAUCGUUGAACCUUCCAGAGGAUGCUAAUGUUGUGGUACUUCUUCCGGAUGGAAUCAGAAACUAUAUUACCAAAUUCCUCGACGACGACUGGAUGAACGAGCGUCACUUCCUUGAUGCCUAA